AUGGCUCCUGCCGCAGUCACUCCGCCACUCAGUCCGAGUAGCGAAGUCAAGCCCACGGUCUACUUUCUGGAUAGCUUCGAUUCCACCGCGACCGCGCGUGCGGAAUCAUUCUUCAGGUGUAUACAUCCAUCAGAUCCUGGCCAUGCUUCAUGGAGAGACAACGCGAAAUACCUCCUUGUUCGCGGCUCGUACGUUACCGCCGAUGACAUCGCCCAGGCACCGCUCCUCCGGGCUAUUGGCAAGCAAGGCGUGGGUAUCGACAAGAUCGACGUGGCGGCUUGCACAGCAAAAGGUAUCAAAGUCUUCAACACACCCGGCGUCAACGCCCGUGCUGUUGCUGAGCUCGUUGUUGCACUCACGACGGGAUUGGCCCGCCAGAUCCGGCCCGUCAGCUUGAAGCUGCACGAGGGCCAAGUAGUCAGGAAGGAGCAAUGCAGCGGUCUCAUAUUGCACAAGUCGACCAUCGGUAUCAUUGGAAUGGGCAAUAUUGGCAAAACGGUGGCCAAGAUCUUCAAGGGCGGCUACGAGAGCGACAUCGUAGCAUACGAUCCGUACAUGCCCGAAGGGGCCUGGGAGGACCUGCCUCACAAGCGAGUCCGCAACCUGGAAGAUCUGCUCGCAAUUUCAGAUGUCGUUACGAUCCACGUGCCAUUGACAUCAGAGACCAAAGACCUCAUCGGGCUGGAGCAGAUGCGUACUAUGAAGCCCAAUGCGCUGCUGAUUAACACGGCGCGAGGAGGCAUCGUGAACGAGAAGGACCUGGUCCAGGCACUAAAUGCCGGCUAUAUCUGGGGCGCUGGCUUGGACUGCCAUGAACAGGAGCCACCGACCAGAGAAAGGUACGAAGAGUUGUGGCAGCAUCCCAACGUCAUCUCUCUGCCGCAUGUGGGAGCAGCCACGGCACAGACACAAAGAGAGACGGCACUCGCCGCAGUGGAGAGGCUGUGGGCGUAUGUGCAGCAGGUCGAGGAUAUUGAGCCGGAAAUGUUCGAAGUUCGGUAA